UUUUUAUGGUAAGUUAUACCGCAAUGUUAAGCUUUGGAUGUUUUAUAGAAUAAACAAGUAGUGAGUGGGAGGCGCUUCUGAAAUAAAUGGGUUUAAAUGUAGCCUUAAUGUUCUUUAUUUGCGUAACAUGAUGCUGAUUUUCCCUGAAGAGUUAGGGGCGUUCUAAAUAGCCUUAUAAAUAGGUACUCAAAUUAUUUGCAGUUAUACAUGACAGUACUGUUUAGGUAGGUACUCUAUGCAUGACCCGGGAGUCAAACCUUCUUGCUCGAAUCUAGUCUAAUUACAAAGAGGGAGCACCUACAUACUUAGGUGACUCAUGAAGAAAUUGUGAUAUAACUGUGGGGUUCGACUCCCAGAUGUUGACGAUGUUGUGUUGAGAAUGUAAGUAGAUUCGUCCCCUAUUAUUUAUAUCAUUAUUCAUAUCCUUUAAUAUGUAGAAGUCCCAUAGCAACUACUACACAUCGCCUAGUACUGUCAAAUAUUGUGGUCGGUACAUCCUGACCGCAGGGCGUCCCAUCGCUCCCGACUUAUCAGAAACGUGUCAUGAGUUUGCACACGACGUUCCUACGGGUACUCUGGUACCUACAGGACAUAUGGGUAUCGUGUGCAGGUUUCUGGGUAUAUAUAGUGUGCUCCAGGCCUGGAAGACCAUACUCGAGCCGUGGACAUCACGGCUUGAACAAAGUAAAUAGUAAUAUUUUGUGGAGCAGUAGAAAAUCUUGUGUAAGACAAGAUGUCGGACGCUAAGAAGAACCUGUUGCUAUUCUUCGACCGGCCCUCGGAGCCGUGCUUCAUGCAGAAGGGAGAUGAGAAGGCUGUCUUCGAGAUCCCUGAUCACUACUACCCCGACAAAUACAAGCAGUUAACAAGCACGAUCUCCAACCGUUUCGGUGGUGAUGCCGGCCGAGCCAUCCCCGUGCGGAACAUCGCGCUGCCCAACCUGGCGCUGCCCAUGGAGCUGCCCUACAACGACCAGUUCUCGUUGUUCGUGCCCAAGCACCGCGUCAUGGCGGGCAAGCUUAUUGACAUCUUCAUGGGUAUGCGUGACUUAGAAGACCUGCAGUCGGUGUGUUCCUUCUGCCAGCUGCGCAUCAACCCUUACAUGUUCAACUACUGUCUCUCCGUCGCUAUACUGCACAGGCCCGACUGCAAGGGCGUGAACAUCCCCACGUUCGCGGAGACGUUCCCGGACAAGUUCAUGGACCCCAAGGUGUUCCGCAAGGCCAGGGAGGUCAGCAACGUUGUCACCUCCGGGAACAGGAUGCCAGUGACCAUCCCGGUGAACUACACAGCGAACUCGUCAGAGCCGGAGCAGCGCGUCGCGUACUUCCGCGAGGACAUCGGCAUCAACCUGCACCACUGGCACUGGCACCUGGUCUACCCCUUCGACUCGGCUGACCGGUCUAUUGUGAACAAGGACCGGAGGGGAGAGCUGUUCUAUUAUAUGCAUCAGCAGAUUAUUGCUAGAUACAACAUGGAGCGUCUGUGCAACGGGCUGCAGCGAGUCCGGCGGUUCAUGAACUUCCGCGAGCCCAUCGACGAGGGCUACUUCCCCAAGCUCGACUCGCAGGUCGCCAGCAGGGCCUGGCCGCCCAGGUUUGCAGGCACCACAAUCCGCGACCUGGACCGGCCGGUGGACCAGAUCCGCGCCGACGUGUCGGAGCUGGAGACGUGGCGGGACCGCUUCGUGCAGGCCGUCGAGAGCCUCACUGUUACACUCCCGAACAACCGUCAAAUGCCACUAGACGAGGAGCGAGGCAUCGACAUCCUGGGCAACAUGAUGGAGUCUUCCAUCAUCAGCCCCAACCGCGGCUACUACGGCGACCUGCACAACAUGGGACACGUCUUCAUCUCCUACUCCCAUGACCCUGACCACAGGCAUCUGGAACAAUUCGGCGUGAUGGGUGACUCGGCGACGGCGAUGCGGGACCCGGUGUUCUACCGCUGGCACUCGUACAUCGACGACCUCUUCCAGCUCUACAAGUACAAGCUCAACCCUUACACCGAUGAUAAGCUGGACUUCCCCGGCAUCCGUCUGUCCAGCAUCUCCCUGGAAGGCCCGGCAGGCAACAACACGGUGGGCACGUUCUGGGAGCUGAGCACGGUGGAGCUGGGCCGCGGACUGGACUUCACCCCCCGAGGGUCGGUGCUGGCCAGGUUCACGCAUCUGCAGCAUCAGGACUUCACUUAUGUUCUGGAAGUGAACAACACAUCGGGUCAGGGUGUGAUGGGCACGGUGCGUAUCUUCAUGGCGCCGGCCGUCAACGAGCAGGGCCAACCGCUCGGCUUCGACGAGCAGAGGAGGGCCAUGGUCGAGCUCGACAAGUUCACUGCUGGCUUACGUCCGGGCAACAACACGAUUCGUCACCGCAGCUUGGACUCCUCAGUCACCAUUCCCUACGAGAGAACCUUCCGCGACCAGUCCGCCCGUCCCGGCGACCCGGGGUCUGCGGAGGCGGCGGAGUUCGACUUCUGCGGCUGCGGGUGGCCGCACCACAUGCUCGUCCCCAAGGGCACUGCGCAAGGGUACCCCGUCGUGCUGUUCGCCAUGAUCUCCAACUGGGCUGAGGACAGGGUGGAACAAGACCUAGUAGGGUCCUGCAAUGAUGCAGCAUCCUACUGCGGCAUCCGCGACCGGCGCUACCCCGACAGGCGAGCCAUGGGCUUCCCCUUCGACCGCCCGGCGCAGGCGCAGGCUCUGUCAGACUUCCUCAGACCCAACAUGGCCGUUAACGAUGUCACUAUAAGGUUCUCUGAUACUACGAGACCAAGGCAGCAGAGGCGGUAGGAAGUAAUUUAAAUAUAUAGUUUAUACAUAUAGGAAGUUUUUGGCUAGUGUGCAAAAAAAUACUAAAAUAUUCUAUCAUUAAUUUUUCCACUGAUAAUAACUGAUAAAUGAACAGAAAGUUGCGCAUUGGUUGAAAAUCAUCCUGUAUAGUGUACGUUUGUAGUAGCUUAUAACUUUAUGAGAAUAAGUACUUCUAUCGACUUUUGUAUACCAUCUGAGGAUAAAAAUGUGCUACAAUAUGAAAAAAAACCUACCUCUGAGAGUAAUUGAUAAAAGCAGUAACAACAUUAUAGAUACUAUUAACUAACUGAAUAUUUUAUUCGUCAUAAGAAAAUACUUUAAUAAACACAGAAUUUCAACUUUGAAAUGUAAGACAGAUACAAACAUAGAUGGCGCCACAUUUAGCUUCUAGAAAUAAUUUUAUUUUACAAAAUAAUCUUAUUAUAUUAGGUAUUUAGUUAAUUAUAAUUCAUAAUUAUCACUUAGGUACAUUACUCCUAUUUUAGUCUUAAUGCCGUGGUGCCAUCCGUACAUAGUUAACGUAACUAUUGGGUGUGUAGGUCUGACCCGUCUGACGCGUCUGACCGUCUGCCCGCGAGGGCGGAGCCCCGGCGCAGGCCUUGCGGCUGUCGGGAGUACGGCCCGGGCGAACUGGCCGCUAGUAUAAAGAAACCUUAUUAUUAUACCAAGUGCCAUCAUAAACAUCAUUGUUUUAAUUAAAUAUAUUUUAACUGUAGAAGAUGACCAUUUAAUAAGUAACUAACUAAUAAUUUUGCAAGGAAAAUACAUAUUUUGAAUAGCAAAUAUAGGUCUUCUCUACUCUUUUUACCCGACUGUGCCAAGCAAAGAGGGUAAUUAUCUUCAUUUAUAGAGUUAUUAUAUACCAUUUCUAUCAUGUUGGUCUGUCUUUUAAUAUCUAUCAGGUCGUUUCUCAAUAAAAUAUAUGUAUUAUGUUCUGAAUAGUCUAUGACAGUGUAUACUAUGUAAUGUUUACCUACUUAACUGUUGUUAUAAAUACAAAUUAGCUGGCACCCAAUAGACAAUUAAAUAUUAAUCAAUUAACUGUUAAUGUAAUGAUAACUAUGUACCCACAAAUUAAAAUGCAUAUCUAUCAUUUUUUAUUGCAUUGCUCAUACAUAACUGUGUUUAAAAAUAACUAUUUAAAGUAUGCUAAAUAUAUUAAUAAGGAUUCUUUAAAAUAAUGUUGUUACUGAAACGAACUUGGCUUAUAUCAUACCGGACUCCGAUUUUACUUUUGUUUAUCAUAUUUAAUAGUAUAUAAGUUUAGUUUUAAGUAAACGGGUCUGUAAAUACGUAGAAUAGUUCCUAAUAUUAUGUACACAGUGUAAAUAGAUUUGUGACUCUUGAGACUGAAUAUAUUAGCCUUUUGCCAA